AUGACAGAAACUCGCUCAUCCAUCAGGAAUCUUGAGAUGCAAGUUGGCCAAUUGGCAAAUAUGUUACAAAGUAAGCCUCAAGGAAAUUUUCCAAGUAAUACAGAGGUGAAUCCUAAAGAGCAGUGCAAUGCAAUCUCUUUGAGGAGUGGGAAGAAGUUGGAAGAGCCAGUCAAGAAGUCUAUACCUGCACCAAAAGUUGAAGUUGAGAAUGAGGGUAAGGUAGAAGAAGAGGUUAUUGAAGACCUUGAGAAGAAUCAGUCACCAAGGAAGAUGGAGGAUUAUGAGACGGUGGCACUCACUAAAGAGUGCAGUGCCAUUCUGCAAAGGAAGCUUCCUCAGAAACUGAGAGAUCCUGGGAGUUUCACAAUACCCUGCACUAUUGGGAAUUUUGAGAGCAUGAAUACUCUAUGUGAUUUGGGGGCGAGCAUUAAUCUAAUGCCGCUUUCUGUGUUCAAAAGAUUGAAGCUUGGGGAAGCAAGACCUACAACAGUGACUCUUCUGUUGGCAGACAGAUCAAUAGCACAUCCUCGGGGUAUUAUUGAAGAUGUUUUGGUAAAAGUGGACAAGUUCAUCUUCCCAGCAGACUUUAUUGUACUUGAUAUGGAGGAGGAUGCCAACGUCCCAAUCAUUCUUGGAAGACCAUUCUUAGCCACAGGACGAGCUUUAAUCGACGUACAAAAGGGGGAGUUAAGGUUGCGAGUCCAAAAUGAGGAAAUAAGUUUUAAUGUUUUUACAGCAACUGAAAUUCCUACCUGUUGUAGAGUUGACGUGGUGAAUGAUCGUCAAGAUUCAAUUGGUAAAAAGAAGAAGAAGACCAAAGAACGAUUUCGAACAUUAAACCGUGAAAAGCGUGAGAAUUACUUCACUCCUCCGCCGCAGUACUCUCCAUACCAGUGGCCACCUCCGCCACCUCCUCCGCCAUACUGA